GCGGCGCCUGCCCCGCGCAGCCAAUGGGAGCAGGGGCUUGGCGCGGGGGCGGGGCGCGGGCAUGGCGGAGCUGAGCGGCGGCAGCGAGGCCGUGGCCGUGGAGCUGUGGCCGCCCGGGGAGGUCCCGCCGCCCUUCCAGUACAGCCCCGACAGCGUGGCCGGAGCGGACGGAGAGCUGGACCCCACUGAAGUCACCUUCCCCGGCUGCUCGUGCCGCAGCAGCUCCUGCGCGCUGCCCCAGUGCCCCUGCCUGCGCCGAGGGCACAACUACAGCAGCCUGGGCCUCAGAAUGCCCGAGCAGCAGGAGCAGCCCUUCUCCAGGCCCGUGUUUGAGUGUAACAGCCUGUGCUGCUGCGGGGAGAGCUGCCAGAACAGGCUGGUGCAGCGGGGGCUGCAGCUGCGGCUGCAGGUGUUCCGCACGCCGAGGAAGGGCUGGGGAGUGCGCGCGCUGGAGCCCAUCCCCAGGGGCAGGUUCGUGUGUGAGUAUGCUGGGGAGGUGCUGGGCUUUGCUGAGGCCCAGAGGAGAAUCCAGGCCCAGACUCCAGAGGAGCCAAACUACAUCAUAGCAGUGAGGGAGCACCUGCACGACGGGCGCGUCAUGGAGACCUUCGUGGAUCCCACCCGCAUCGGCAACGUGGGCAGGUUCCUGAACCACUCCUGUGAGCCCAACCUGUUCAUGGUGCCCGUCAGAGUUGACUCCAUGGUGCCCAAACUGGCACUUUUUGCAGCUGCUGAUAUUUCUGCUGGAGAGGAACUUUCAUAUGAUUACUCUGGAAGAUUCCAUAAUUCACCAAGAGCUAGCAGAGAGCACAAACCUCCAGAGGAAGAGAACAGCCUGAGAAAACCUUGCUACUGUGGUUCCCGCACGUGUGCUUCCUUCUUACCUUGGGACAGCUCCCUCUUCUCCACACCUGCGAGUUCUCCAUAGCCUUUCAGCCUUAAACACACCUAAAAAACACUAUUUUCUCUAGCAAAGAGUUAUAUCAAACUCGUUCUGUUCCAACAAGGAAGGACGUGAGGUGUGAGGAGCAGCAAAGAGACAAGGUCCCGAGAAUUAAUUUUGUGCAAAACCCUUUUCAAGGUGGACAGUACAUGGGAUUAUUGGAGCUUUGAGAUGUUCCAAAAUCAGUGACUAAAUCAGACCUGGUGGUUUUGUCUGGUUUUCCUCUGACAGCUUGCUGUAUGUUAAAGCAGCUCUCUCAGUUUGUACCCUUCAGAAAGAAUUAAUACCUUUAACACUUUUGCAUGGACAGGAUAUGUGGUAACAGCAAGUAAAGUUACUGUCAGUGGCACAAGAAAAUGACACCAUGAACCUUGACCCUUGCAAGAAAGGCAUUAAGCUUCUUAAAAUCCAUUAAAUUAUUGUUUUUUAAAUUACUUGCUGUAUUUUUUUGUUGUUCCCCAAAGCACAGUAACUAUUAAUUAUUGACAUAAAAGGAAAGAGUAGCUUUACUGCUUGGUGUGUCCCGUGUAGCUGCAUGCCCAAAGCAGCUGUGACUGACUGGCUGUUUCACUCCCAUUUAGCUUUGUUGAAGUGGUGCAGGACAGCAGUUUCUGAGGAGCACAACCUCCCAUCUUUUUAUCACCUCAGCCUCGAGGCUGCUCCCAUCAGAUCUCUGCAGUCACAACAAGCAGCACAUCCCCAGCACCAUCAGUACAGGCUCAGGAAGCCAAUCCAGCCCCUGCAGCAUGAAGCAGGAUGAUGCUGACAGCUGACUGAAAGUAGAAAUACAGAAGUGCAUCUGAACAACAGCAGAGCUGUGGUUUUGUGCUGAACAGCUGACAGAUGCACGAGGCUUCUUUCAGCUC